AUGGAAGAAGCGUUGAGAGCCGACCUGCUAACCUUAACUCAUUCGCCAACCCCCAAAAGAGCUGAUGGGCGAAAGCACUGUCAAUAUCAUCAGAACUUGGGGUAUACCACGGAGGAUUGUAUAACUUUGAAGGAUAAGUUGGAAAUUUUGAUACAGGCAGGACAUUUGCGAAGAUAUGUACAUGAUAAGAGACGAAGCCCUCUAGGAGAUGCCAAACGUCCACCCAAGAGGAAUAACUACUCCAGGAUGGACAAUUGGCCGAAGAAGAAUCGGAGUAGUCGAAGCAGGAGUAGGGAACGACCUUUGCGAGGCGUCAUCAACACUAUUUCGGGAGGAUUUGCUGGCGGAGGACCUUCGGCAUCGGCGCGAAAGCGACACUUGAGAAGUUUGCAUAGUGUUAAUCGUGUAGAGAUGGAUAUAUCAGAGGACAUGAUCAUGUUGUUCCAUGAGCAAAUUUUAGGAUUUGCAGGUGAGAGGGUAGAUACGAGGGGUUACGUCGACCUAAGAAUGUGCUUGGGGACUGAGAAAAAGGCCAAGGAACUGAAGAUCAGGUUUUUGCUGGUGGAAGCUAAUACCUCAUACAAUGUCUUGUUGGGUCGUCCAUGUUUGAAUGCCUUCGAGGCCAUUGUAUCCACGCCUCAUCUGACGUUAAAGUACCCACCCGACAAUGGAAAAAUCUGUGUUAUCUGA